CUUCCCUCCUCCCCCCCCAACUCAAGCUCUGGGUAUAAAGUUUAGCUGCUCCCGCCGUACUCUACUUGCUCGCUGUGCUGUUGGCAGGAUAUCAUUAUCCCCCCCUCUCCCCCCAUCCUUCACCCACCCCGUUAUUCGACCUGUCCGUUCUGUUGUGUGUGUGGGGCAUCGAAAUCACCGCGUCGAAAGAGAAGAAUAAGUAAAAAAAACAGCGUCCAGUCGGUCGCUUCGUCAGAAACAGUCGAGAAUAUGGCCGGAGGGACGACUGCGAGUGGCGGUGUGCCUAGUCAGGCGGGCGUGCUAGAAGGCCUGAAUCCUACACAUUACAAUGCCGCCGAUCCAAUCGUUCUGUUCAUCAUCCAGGCUUCUAUCAUCAUCAUCGCAUGUCGAUUGCUCCAUUGGCCACUAUCGAAAUUGCGCCAGCCCAGCGUGAUAGCUGAGGUGAUCGGAGGAAUCAUCCUCGGUCCGACGGUCCUGGGUAGAAUCCCUGGUUACAUGACUACCAUCUUCCCGGUGGCGUCGAUGCCCGUGCUCAGAAUGGCGGCGAACCUCGGACUGGUGCUGUUUCUGUUCCUGGUCGGCUUGGAGGUGGACAUGCGCAUUCUGUUCCGGAACUGGAGGGUGGCGGCGAGUGUGGGCGCGUUGGGAAUGAUCUUGCCGUUCGGCCUGGGUGGUGCUAUUGCCUAUGGUCUGUACCAUGAGUUCCGUAGCGACGAGGGAGUCGUUAAUAUCGGCUUCGGUGUCUACCUACUGUUCAUCGGUGUGGCGAUGGCCAUCACGGCUUUCCCGGUCCUCGCACGUAUCCUGACGGAACUGAAGCUUCUUCAGACCGACGUUGGUACCAUUGUUCUUUCUGCCGGAGUCGCCAACGACGUGGUCGGAUGGAUCCUGCUCGCCCUGACGGUUGCCCUGGUCAACGCCGGAACCGGCCUCACAGCGCUCUACGUCCUCUUGACCUGUGUUGCCUAUGUGCUCUUCCUGAUCUACCUGGUGCGCCCGGCGUUCCUGUGGGUCCUGCGCAGGGAUGGAUCGCUCGAGAACGGUCCAUCGCAGGCUAUGGUCGGCCUGACGUUGUUGAUGGUCCUGGCCUCGGCCUUCUUCACCAAUAUCAUCGGUGUGCACGCCAUUUUCGGUGGUUUCUUGAUCGGAUUGAUCUGCCCCCACGAGGGUGGUUUCGCCGUCAAGUUGACGGAGAAGAUUGAGGACCUGGUUACGGUACUGUUCCUGCCGCUCUACUUUGCGCUUUCCGGGUUGCAGACCAAUAUCGGAUUGCUCAACAGUGGUAUUGUGUGGGGAUACGUCUUUGGCGUCCUUGCUAUCGCUUUCAUCGGAAAGAUCGUGGGUGGUACGAUCGCUGCGAGAUGGUGCGGACUGGUGUGGAGGGAGAGCUUCACCAUUGGUGUCCUGAUGAGUUGUAAGGGAUUGGUCGAGCUUAUUGUGCUGAAUAUCGGCCUUCAAGCGGGAAUUCUCAGUGUCCGAGUCUUCACUAUCUUCGUCGUCAUGGCACUUAUCACCACCUUCGCCACGACACCGCUGGUGACUAUGCUGUACCCGCCCGAAUACCAGAAGAAGAUCGAAGCGUGGAAGCGUGGCGAGAUCGACUGGGAUGGAAACAACCUACGACCCGAGGGCGGCGAUGGGUCAAUGCACAAGGAGAAAUUCCAGGCCACCAGCAUCUCCAAGAUCACCGUACUCCUGCGUCUCGAGAAUCUGCCCGGAAUCUUUGCCUUUGUCGACCUUCUCGGCGGAAAGCCCGUACCGAAGCCGAAAGUACACAGGUCCAAGGCGGUUCAGAGUGGAACCAUCGACGAGGAAGGAGAGUAUUCCGGAGAGGCAACUGCAUCCUCUACGCCGGAUGCACCUUUCAAGAGGCCGCUUGUGGUCCACGGCGAGAGGCUUGUCGGGUUGACGCAACGUACCUCGGCGGUUAUGCAAGUUUCCGAGUUGGACGAGCUGCAACAGAAGGACCCGGUAGUCAAUGUCUUCAGAACCUUUGGCGCCUUCCAUAAUGUUGCCGUCUCCGCCUCCGUGUCCAUUGCCCCCGAAGAUUCGUUCGCGGAGGUCAUCACCAGCCGAGCAUCAGUGCACUCUUCGGAUCUCUUGCUGAUCCCGUGGACGGAAACCGGUACGGUUACCGAGUCGGACGACCCUACGCAGUACUCGCCGGAGAACCGAUUCAUGUCAUACCAGCACAACCAGUUCAUUACUAGUGUUCUCGAGCGUUCCGAUUGCAGCACAGCGAUCAUGGUCAACCGUGGGUUCGGCUCGAACCUCGAUCGCUGUAUCACUCGCACGGCCAGUUUCCGCAGCAUGCGCUCCCGCAAAGCUCUCGAUGCGGCAAACGUCUACAACCCGAUCUCGGAUCCGUCGCACCACAUCUUCUUCCCCUACUUUGGUGGCAUCGACGACCGCGUGGCCCUUAGAUUCGUCCUCCAACUCGCGACUAACAUCAACGUAACCGCUACGAUUGUACAAGUAAUUUACUCCCCCGGCGCGGCGCCCGAGCCCGAAAUCGAGCUCCCCGCCGCCGCCGCAGCCCGCCCCGACCUCCCCCGGAACCUCUCCCAGAGCCAGAUCCCGAGCGUCACGCCAUCCGAGGCGGCCUCGCGCUCAACGAGCAGCCUCACCGCGAUCGCCGACAUCGACAGCUCCUUCUUCCAGUCGAUGCAAGACUCUCUCCCCCGCACCCUACAAUCGCGCGUCGCCUUCGAGACGGUACAAACCCCGCAGCCACUGCACUACAUCGUCGCCAAGGCGAAGUCCGAGGUCGGCAUGUCCACCAAGAACGCCGGAGACCUGGUCAUCGUCGGCCGCGGCCUCAAGGACGCAAAGCCCUACAUCCGCACCGAGCUCGUCGACGUCCUCUCGUCCAUGGGCGCCCCCUCCGGCGCCGGUAUCGAGACGAGGAAGUGUCUCGGCGACGUCGCGGAAACGUGUAUCGUGGCGAAUCUUAAGGCGUCGGUGUUGGUCUUCCGCGCGGGUGGUCGCAGCCUCGAGAGGGGCUCGGAUCAGAUGAUAGGGCAGGAUGUUGAGGAUGUGGAUUCUAAGGCGGAGUAGUAGUAGUCGUCGGCUGUUUCUUUUCGGGGGGGGGGGUUUGUUUUUUUGCAAUUGGGUCAGGGGCGCGUGUUUGAUUGAUUGAUUCGUCGUAGAGUUUACGCUGCAUUGUGUCAUUGUGUUUCGGGCAUGGAGGGUGGCGAUCUAUGAUGGAUGGAUGAUUUUUUCCUUGUUGAGGGUCGGGCAACGUGCUUUUGGGAUGGCAUGUGCGAUGUGGGAUAUGGGAUGUGAUAUUAGUACAUGUAUUUAUUUACGGUUAAUGUGCAUAUGAUGGCUAUGAUGGGGAUGUCAAUACAUACCAAAUACAUUGGCAAUACCAAG